CCGGAGGCGGCGAAGUGCCCCCCGGGCUUUCCUCCCGCCGUUGGCGCCGGUUUCCCAGAAGGCCGCGCGGCGGCGGCGGCGGCCGUUGCUAAGCAGCGGGAAGCGGGCUCGGGGGGCCUAGUCGGGAGGAUGAAGCAGAGGAAGGCCAAGGCGGCUGGCCCGGCCCGGCCGGGGUCCGGCCGCAAGAAGAAAGACGUCAGUGAUAUCUCCCCCUCUACAAGCUUGCCUCCGCUUGUAGAAGGACAACUGCGCUGCUUUCUGAAGCUGACCAUUAGCAAAAUCUUAUGGAUGGUUGCCAAGGCACCUGCUUCCUUUCUUAUCCGGGUGAGGUGGUGGGGAGAAACCUCAGACGGGACAGCCUUUGUUCCCCGGGAUACCUCACAGGCCGAGCAAAAAAACCUCAAAACUACGACCCGCUACCCAGUUCGGUGUGGACCAAAACAGUUUGUCUCCUAUCUGACAGAUAUGGGUGCUCUUGUCCUGGAAGUAAUGGCCAAACCAAAUCACCUUCCAAUUGGCCGGGUGCAAAUCAAUGGGCUGGCACAGCUCUCUCCAAGUCACCCAAUCAGCGGAUUUUUCACCAUUGUCUCACCGACAUCUGAGAAGAUGGGAGAGCUACAGGUAUCGCUUGUUCUGGAACCGCUGUCCGAAACCUAUGACAGCAACAGCUCCGUCCCAAACACAGACGUCAGCUUCAGUGCUGGUUUGUCAGUCCGGGGAACCAAAGAAGCGGCUGACUCUAACCCAUUCCUUGUACCCUCGCAGCCUCACAGGCCGGCUAGCACGAAUAUCAUUGGAAGAGAGUCCGCUAGCAGUAGUAGGGCCACCACACCAAGGGGCAAGGAUCACUUGUACUUUCAGGAGAACUCCGAGAACCUAAAAGAAGGGUUUUUUCGACCUCACCAACACCACCUCCAAGGGCACAAUGAUUCCGUCAAUGCAAAUGAUCCCAAACAACAAGGGUUGUUUUCCGGUGGCUCUGAUCUUGAGGCUCAAGUGAGGUUGGCUAAGGAAAGUCCCAAACCUGCCCGUGUUCUUUCUUGCAACAACCCACCCACAAAAGAUCUCCUUUCAGCCCUUUUGGAUAGAGGCAAUAGACUCCGAAACGCUAUGGUAGUGUCUGCAAUGACAUCGAAUCCAGACCCCGAUAUACAGCUUUAUGAACUUCAGCCCAUGAAGCAGGAUGUCUCCAAACUAGUUGAAAAGAAUCUUAAAAACCUGCACCCUGGCCUCAUACCUGCCGUUGAAGAGCCUCUUCAGCCACUGCCUGAUGGCUCAGAAUUUGAUUUACAUGCUGAAAACAGAGCAAUCCAGCUCUUGCUGGGCAGUUCUGGUUCUUCCCCUCUGCGCCUUUUGGAUGGUACAGGAUCUCCCCUGGAAUGUAUCUCUCCCGGGAGUGAGGUGUACGACAGUGAGCUGAACGACCCCCACUAUGACCAGAGCCUCCUGGAAAACUUGUUCUACACUGUUCGAAAGUCCGACAGCAGCUUAAGUGACUUCCUCAGUGACGAGGAAGAUGCUGUUGCUUCCGGAAAACUAAACAAAUCGCAGAACAGCAAGUGUCGGAGAUCAAACAAGGCUUCAGAUUCUAGCCCCUUGGGUCAGAAAGGGACUCGAGAGGCAAAACCCAGCCAUUCUCCUGCUGGGCCGCUUCCUCUUCAUGAGGCUUCCAUGGAAUCUACAGAGGAAACACGAGCUGUCAACUUGAGCCUUGACAGACUGGCAGUGCUGGGCCGGGUCCGAUUAGCUAGAGCAGUCGUGGAGAGCUUAAAGGUGCCCCCUGAAAACAUCACUCCAGGCAAAAAACGAUCAACUGGAAAGCCGCCCAGGCCAGCGUUGGCCAAAAAGAGGACAUUCUUUGUCGAGUUUCACUUUCCAGUGGGAGCUUCAAAGAUUGGAGCAGGGCAGGCCGCCAUAACGACAGAAAUAGUUCGGAUAGCGUCAAGUAAAAUCUCGGGGGAAGUGGUGAAGUUUCAACAGCGGUACGUGUUCCCCGUUCACUUCAGUGGCACAAUGAUAACCCACUGGUGGAACUCGGACCUUGAGUUUCACGUCUACUCAAAACAAGGCACACAAAGAAAGCCCCUGUUGAUUGGCUCAGCCGUUUUCCCGCUGCGAGACAUAAUUCAGUCUGAGCAACUAACAGUCAGCCGUGAACUGCCUGUGAAAGAAGUCGGAGGUCCAGCCCAGCUCGGGCCUUUAAAGGUGUCAUUGGAACUUGCAGCUGAUAAUAAAGAUUUCUCCAGCACCAGUGCCAAGGCAGCGAAUGGGGCACCACAAGCUCCAGUUCACACCAUCAGGAGUCCCGGCGUCAAGUUUCAAGAAGUUGGCAGGAGCACCACUCCUGCUGGAAGCCCCCCAGUUUUGAAGCAAAGUAAUUGCCAGCUCCCAAAGAGGAACCAAGAGUCUUCACCUGCAGUAUCAGAAAGGGCCAACGUUGGCGUGAGUCAGCUGCCAGUCCCCAUCCCCGUAUCCCGUAACCUUCUGAACCAGCUGUGUGCAUCAGAAGAAGAAGGUUUGCUGUUGCACGUACUCUUGAUGGUCCCAGAAGGGAAGGUCUUUGUUCCCAAAGAUGCUGGAUUUCAUGGCUCUUGUAACGUGUAUCUAAACUGCAAGCUCUUCAGCACAGAAGAAGCCACAAGGUCUGCUGUGAUAUGGGGGACCACACAACCCAUCUUCCAGUUUUCUCAGGCAAGUCCUAUUUCACUGACAUCAAAACAUCUGGAGAGGCUGAAGAACAAUGUGAUGGUCAUAGAAGCCUGGAACAAGGUGUGCACUCCAGGAGGAGAUGCCCUACUAGGACUGGUGAAGCUUCCACUGCAUCAGUUCUACGUUUCAUUCAAGGACCCCAAGAUAUCCAGCCUGCUGCUUCAGGCUCAGUAUCCGGUGCUGGCUGUAGAUGGCUCCAUGCCCGUUGUGGACGUCUUCACCGGCAGCAAAAAGGGGAGCCUGAAGGUCAUUCUGGCCAUGGGCUCCGCGGAGCAGAUCGCGGCACUGCAGAGGCUCAAGAACGAGGAAGGAAUGGCACCUCCUGUGGCAAUGCGCCCUCCACAUGCUCUGGACUCUCUGGCCAUGCCUCUUCCAAAGCAGUCAGGCAGAGAAAAGGAAGGGAUGAUGGAGCACGUUUUUGAGAUCCACAUUGAGAGCGUCAAAGGACUCACUCCCCUCCAGUCCACGGUCUGGGGAGAGGCUGACUGUUACGUGCAGUACCACUUUCCCGUUCAGGAGUCCGACACACUGCAUGGGACCGAGUUCUGUGAGAAUGGCCUUGUGUUGAAGCCUUUCCGCUCGACAACCACCUUGUGCGUCCCCGACCCCAACUUUGGCGACGAGCGUCAUCACGCCUUGAUGGUCCCUGCUGAUGUCCCUGUCCAAAGGCUCCUGCUCAGCUCUUUCUCUGCCCAGGGCUUAGGAGGAGGAGGAGGAGGGAUCCAGUUUGAAAUCUGGUGCAGGUAUUAUUACCCUAACGUCCGAGACCAGAUGGUAGCCAGGGGGACCUUGCCGCUGUCCCGCCUGUGUGCCAUGGUGACCAUGCAGUACCGAGAGGACGUGGGCACCCAGACCUUCAGUCUACCCUUAAUCCCAAGGACUGAGAGUGCAGGGGAACCCCAUCCCCAUUCCUCAGGUUUUCUUGAUGUGAGCGUAAAAUACAGGCGCUCCCUGAAAGCGACGGAAGGCAUCCUGGCAGCUCAAGCAGUUUCUAUUUCCGUUCAGAUACACUUUGCAGCCGGUUUGCAGGCAGCAGCCAGAGCCGUGGCAGAAAAGAACCCUUCGCUCCAAUGCAGUGCAGAAGUUGGAGUGAACGCUUACGUCUCCGUGCACCUGCCCUUCCUCCCCGAAUCAGAGAGGCGCAACACCCGAGCCGUGGCUCGUACUUUCUGCCCAGAAUUCGAGCACCACACAGAGUUCCCGUGCAACCUUGUGGUCCAGAGAAGCAGUGGAGAAGCCUGUUCCCUGGGGGAGCUGUUGCAGAUUUCGGAGAUAGUCUUUUCCGUCUUUCACAAGAGCCUGAACUCAGCACCAUAUGGAGCAAAAACCCAGGCUUCGAGGGAUUACCUCCUGGGAACUGCCAAGAUUCCAACCAGAGACCUGCUGAACAGAAGAUCAGGUAUCCGAGGCUGGUUCCCAAUAACUCUGCCGGAGGAUCUGGUGCCUGCUCAUUGUGCAAACAUCCUGCAAACCAUAGUUGGAGGCCUGGAGCUUUCUGUCACCUUUGCCCAUCCUGGGGACCGGCAGCGUGUCCUGGAUGCGGCUAAACUUUUAGGCUGGAAUUUGAAGGAAGCCAGCGCUGAGCGCCUGCAGGACGACAGUGAGGGCGAAUGCCAGCCUACUCCAAACACUGCAGCCGUGGCCAUUUCCAUCCCUCGGCUGUGGCUGCCAGUGCAGUGUGUGUUACUUGCAGGAGAGACGCACUUAAACAAAAGCAUCCAUUGCUACCUCCGCUAUAAGCUGUAUGACCAAGAAGCCACGUGGACGUCUCUUAGGAGGCCCAAAUUAGCCGAAGACCAGAAGCACGUGACCGUGAGCUUCAAGAAAAGCAAAGAAAUGGAUCUGCCGUUGAGCCAAGCCUUACUGUGGUACUUCAAGGAGGAGAGGCUGGAGGUCCAGGCAUGGCGAGCCUAUGGGAACGAGAGCAACACCGAGAGGCCCCUGGAUACUGAUCGACUGAUUGGGUCGGCCUACGUGGACCUUGCCGCGCUCGGGGAGAGCUCAAGGGGGAAAAGGACAGUUAGUGGUGUCUUCCCCUUGUUCCGGCGCAAUUCUUCAAACUUGUUGGGAGCCGCCGUGCGAGUCCACAUUGUGGCGGCUCCCAAAAGCCCCUCCAGACCUGAUGUUUCCGAAGAGGGCAGCAGUGGCAUCAGUGACCACGAGGAAAGACGGAAGGAGCCUGAGCAAGAUUUGAAACCUGAUCAGACCUCCGUUGUGGAAACCCUCAGCGAGAAACCAUCCAAGGAGUCUCCCCACACAGUGGGUCACGAGCAGACAUUUGCCGUCAGCAUCCUUGUGGAAAGGGCCAUGCACUUGAGCUUAAAAGGGAGUCCUCUCACGGAACGUGGGGUCGUGGCACCCAGUAGCUAUGUGUCCUUUGUCGCUGCCGAUGCCGAUAAUCCCGUUGCCACGGAAAUAGUUGAAAAUUCCGACUCACCUGUUUGGGACUUUCAGCAGCAGACCAGACUCUCCAAAGAGCUUCUGUUGGAUCCUCAGCAAACUCUGGUCUUUAAAGUGUGGCACAAAGCAGAUGUUGAACGGGUGAUAGGAUUUGCCUCUGUGGAUCUGUCCCCCCUCCUUUCCGGCUUCCAGUUAGUCUGUGGCUGGUACAACAUCACAGACUUCAGCGGACAGUGUCAGGGGCAGAUCAAAGUCGCCGUUUCCCCCCUCGAAAAUAUAACUCAUCUCAAAGAAGAAAGACAGGCAAGAAGCCAGACCAAAUCUUCAGGAUCAUCAGUUCCAGCCACCAGCUCUUUUGCCCUCCAAGCGCAGGACUUGUACACUGCAUUCCCCAGCUUCUCCACAAGAGGCACCAGCGAACAUCUAAAGUCCCCAUUGAAGGGCACUGAUGCCACCAGUCUGGAGAGCAGGACUGGGUCCUUGGGGUCCUGGACGCCCCGUCACGAAGAGCACGUGAAGAACAUCCGCCGAUUCCACGAGUCGCUGCAGCAGGCAGAAAGCAGCACGUCCCAGUUGGGAAGGCUGGAUUCCCUUUCCCAUUCCUCACGCACUUCCCUUCUCAGAACUCUCAGGAAAAACCUGAGUGAGCUGGAUGAGAUUCAGAGGUACUUCAGUCAAAAGCUCACCAAACCUCAUCCCGACUUGGGUUCUCCACGGAGAAACACGGACGAUCUGGGUGCCAGUCACCAAAGCGCCGCCUCCAUGGUGGCAGAUUCGGAAGGACGCCAUCUGCUGGAGAAAUCCAGUCACCUGGUUUCUCAAGUCAGCAGCCUGAUUGCUGACCUGCAGAACAACAUGGGGAAGAAUGCUGAAGGAUCUGUGGGCGCCUGUGUGGAUGGCAGCCGGUGUUCAAGCGCUACUGCCUCCCACGGCGAGGAUGGUCUUCACGAAACAGAAGGUGCUGCCAGGGCUGAGGUUCUCAAAGGCCACCUGAGGAACGAACCUUCAAGCACCUGUGUCGACAAAGAGCCUUCGCUCCCUCUUGGCGAAUCCCCUUACGGGGUAGGCAUGCUGUACAAAUUCCUUGGCCAAGCCAAUUCCCAAAUCAGCCAUCCCUUACCUGCUUGCUUUACCCAGAAAGGCGAAGGCUCUGCGCAGUCUCACAGUGAGGAGGAGGAGGAAGAGUACGAGGAGGACGUCAUAGAACCGAGAACGCUGAACGAAAUCACCACCGUGACGGACAGAACCAGCCCUUGGUCCAGCCUUGUCUCUGAACCAGAGCAUGAUCCUGCAAUCCUUAGGAGCACUGGCCAGCUUGCAGGGACUGCUGAACAUGCACUGAAAGAAGGCAGUGUCAGAAGCAGCCUCGUGUCCAGCGUCACCCAAGACGACCCUCUGAGCGUGCCCAGCAGCGCCAGAUCCAGUAACAGCCCCUUGAGAGAAGAUGGGGAUGACGGACAUGUGAGGAGGCGGGACCUUGAGGGUAGUCUGGAAGAGUUCUUGCCAACUGCUCCCAUCCAAACAAAGGAUGGGGUUGCAGAAGAGCGAAGGGAAGAUGACGGAAGAGUGCAGGAAUUCGGGGGCAAGAUAGUGGAAGAGGAACCAUUUAUUCCAUGUGGCGGUGGUGGUGAUGGAGACUUUGGAGCAGCUAAGCACCGUGCUCCAGAGACGGGAGAGGGCAAGUUGGGCUUAGAGAGCGGCCCCCGAGGUGAGGAAGGAAGGCGUUUGAGCGAAGACACUUGCCUUAGAACAGUGGGAGCUGAACAGCAUUCUGGAAGCUGCUCUGACGAGAGCCAUGAAGACCUACCUGAGGAGUCAGAGAAGCCUCUGGAGCCCAGUGUAGUCCUAUCUGACCCCGUGGUCGUCCCCAACUUCUUCCUUCCACCGCAGCAUCUGGAAGCCUCCAUGCGACUGCUCAGCAUCACUCCUCCUACUCCAGUGGCCGCUGCUGUUAAAGCUGGAAGUGGCGCCGCCGUUGCUGCUGCUGCUGCCGGGAGAAUCCCUAACCGAAGGCCGGCCCGUCACAACCCGAGCCUGACGCCAGACGAGCUCCCGGAAAAGGAAAUGAGAAGGAUCGCUCGGAUAUUUUCAGCCCAGUUCUCCAAAAAGCAGUAGUGGAACGAGGGGGGGCAGGGAGGCCCGUCAGCGAUGGCUCAUUUGGGCUGCCGUAGCAAGCACGCGUCCUAAGGAGCCCCGGGAG